AUGUUUGAAGCGUUGGCUGCGAGCUCAUGUCUCGAAUCCCUGUGCCCGCCGGUUCUCCCUCCUACAACCGUAGCGCAGGCGCACAGAACCACUCAGAAUCCCCCAUUCCAUUUCCUGAACGUGCUAUUUCUCCCUUACCAGGAAGCCGCCUUCUUUCGUCAAACAUGUCUACAAUUUCGAGUUCCUUAGCUGAGACCAGAAAGAAGCAGUCAAAGCGAGACGAGGUUCAGCACUGAAAAUAAUGCUUUGCACACGUGUAUACCUCACAGAAUGUCUGGUCAUGUCUAUACUAGCCGGACUUAUUCAAAUUUGAUUCCAAUUGCUAAAUCUCGUCUUCAAGCAAGAAAGACUAGUGGAACUGACAAUAAUUUGUAUCCUCAGGCCAUCCGAAAGAAGAUCGAGUCCGAACUCUCACGGAAGCGCACAAUCUCGACGCCCCACAGGCCUGCUGGAGGUAGACGUGGCACUAAAGCCACUGUGCAGAAAGGCACAGUCGCUGCACUUAAGCCAAGUCCGGCUUUGACGGUUCCUGAAAACAUAACCGUCGCAGAAGCCAGCCAGCUUUGUGCUGCGAAGAGGACCGAUUGCGUUCUGGUCGUAGAUGAUGAAGAGGGCUUGAGCGGUAUUUUUACUGCUAAAGAUCUGGCAUACAGGGUUACUGCGGAGGGGUUGGAUCCGCAUACCACCCAUGUUAGCGUUAUCAUGACGCGAAAUCCUAUGGUGACGCGCGAUACUACAAGUGCUACGGAAGCCUUGCAGUUAAUGGUUACCAGGCAUUUCAGACAUCUCCCUGUCUGCAAUGAAGAAGGAAAUGUUGUGGGUUUGCUAGAUAUCACAAAGGUUUUCCAUGAAGCUCUCGACAAAGUUGAGCGUAGCUCUUCUGCAUCAGAAAAGCUCUACAAUGCCCUUGCCGGUGUCCAGUCUGAGCUUGGAAGUGGUAUGGGGUCCAAUCCGCAAGCGGCUGCGAUGCUUUCGUACGUGGAGGCACUCCGGGAGAAGACUGCUCUCCCCGAUCUCACUACUGUCAUGGAUUCCCGGACCCAACCCGCCACCGUUGGACCCAAAACGUCGGUAAAAGAAGUAGCAAGGCUCAUGAAAGAACACCGCACGACCGCUGUUUGCGUUAUGGAGGCCACUCCUGGUUCUCAACCUAGGAUUGCUGGUAUCUUCACUAGCAAGGAUAUCGUGUUGCGUGUUAUUGCAGCUGGUUUGGAUGCCACUCGUUGUAGCGUCGUGAGAGUCAUGACCCCGCAUCCUGAUACUGCUCCGCCGACUACGACUGUCCAUGACGCCCUCAAGAAGAUGCAUGUUGGCCAUUAUCUGAAUCUUCCGGUUGUUGAGGCAGAUGGGCGUCUGGUGGCCAUUGUUGAUGUGCUCAAAUUGACGUAUGCCACACUUGAACAGAUGAACAAUAUGAGCGCAGAGGCUGCUGGAGAUGGCGAAGCAGAGGGCGGUCCCAUGUGGGGUCGCUUCUUCGAGUCCAUUGGUGGCGGCGACGAUAACGACUCCGUAAUCUCUGGGUCCCAUGUUCCUACUGAUGCCCACUCUUCUCGUCACCAACCGAACCGGAGUACUUCGCACUUGGUUCGGUCCCCUUAUUCCGAGGUCCACCCCAACGACUCAGCAUCUGUUGUUGAUGAUGAGCGUAUCUCUGCUCUCGAAGGAUAUACCGGCAGGGAUGUCGGGCCCUCUAUUGUUGGCGGCAACUCUGUUGUUGCCCCUCCACCUGUCGAUGAUGGCACGUAUGUCUUCAAAUUCCGAACGCCCAGCGGACGAACUCACAGGUUCCAAUCUCGUCAUGAUGAUGUGGAGCACCUGCGCGAUAUCGUAGCCGGAAAGCUCGCAACCGAUCCGUUCUUCACUGAAUACGAAGUCAAAGAUGCCUCCGAGCUACCACCAGACCCCAUCGACUUCCAACUAUCCUACACCGAUGCUGAUGGCGACAUUGUUCUGAUUACGUCCGACUCUGAUGUUACGGAUGCUGUGAAGAUCGCUCGCGCAGCCAGCCAGGAUCGUGUUGUACUAUUCAUCCAAGGUGGCAAGGGUUGGUCCUCGGUGGAGGAGAAAAGCAAGGCGCAGGCAGCUGAGGUUGCUGCUGCUGCCCAGCAAGAAAUCAAAGAGGUUGAGAAGGCAGAAUCUACUCUCGAGGAGAAGGUUCAAUUUGCUCCCCCAGCACCCGUCCAUGUCCACGAAGAAGAAAAGGUCGCAGGCAUACCCAAGGAUAUGUUGCUUCCCGCCAGCAUAGGUGCAUUGGCAGCUGUCAUUCUUGGUGUCUUCACCAUUUCCCGUUUCACUCGAUAGAUUGUGAUAAUUGGCUUUGUCUUCCAUGCUAUCGAAACUUCCCUCUAACUAGUUACCCUCCUUCCUGUUCCCUAAUCAAGUAUAUCCCUGCCCUACUUAUGCAUGCAUCUGGGAUGCCGUUCAUGACGUAUUAUGACUUGACGACGGGGGACGAUGGUUGUUAUCGAUACAAUAGAUAGUCGGAUUGAAUAUGAGUUUCUUCUUCCGCAAAGACAACACUUUCUGGAGGAGGCAUACCGC